UCUCUCAACCCUUCAGUUCAGCAUGGCGCCGCUCUUGAUACCGCUGAAAUGUGGAUUUCACAUGCAAAGGCGCAAAUUAUCACUGUUGCUUCAGCGGAGCAGCGCUGUUCAAGCAUGGCGCUUUCACGACCAAAGAGCGGCUAAUAAACGGAAACAGCGGAACACGUAUCUGUUGUCAGAUCCAAGCAGAGAGUCCUCAACAUGGGCCAACAACAGAGGCCAGAACAGCCAACAGAUCUUAGAAGCUGUCAAACAUUUACAUCUUCAAGAGAGGCAGUGCUGGCAUGGACACGCAGGUGGUGGGCUCAGUGCAGAUCCCAAAAAUGUGCUGAAGGAAGUGAAUUCAUCAAAAAUUCUUGGAGCUAUGUUUACAUACGUUUGGCCCAAGGACAGACCAGACCUCCGGGCUCGUGUGGUCAUAUCUCUGAGUCUGCUUGCUGGAGCUAAGAUAACCAACGUGAUAGUGCCCUUCAUGUUUAAAUAUGUGGUGGACAGCCUGAACCAGAUGUCGGGACACAUGUUAAACCUGAGUGAUGCGCCAAACACGGUGGUGACCAUGGCAACGGCUGUUUUGAUUGGCUAUGGUGUCUCCCGCACUGGGGCAGCUCUCUUCAACGAACUGAGAAAUGCUGUGUUUGGAAAAGUGGCUCAGAGCUCCAUCAGGAGGAUAGCCAAGAAUGUGUUUCUCCAUCUUCAUAACCUGGAUCUGGGCUUCCACCUGAGCAGGCAGACAGGAGCGCUGUCCAAAGCAAUCGACCGCGGCACUCGAGGAAUCAGCUUUGUGCUGAGCGCACUGGUCUUUAAUCUGGGCCCUACUCUUUUUGAAAUGAUGCUAGUCAGUGGAAUAUUGUAUUAUAAAUGUGGGGGUCACUUUGCUCUGGUCACUCUAGGAACUCUUUCGGCAUACACUGCUUUCACAGUCGCUGUUACACAAUGGAGGACGCAGUUCAGGAUUGAGAUGAAUAAGGCUGAUAACGAGGCGGGAAACGCUGCUAUCGAUUCUCUUCUCAAUUACGAAACUGUCAAGUAUUUCAACAAUGAGAAGUAUGAGGCAGAGCGUUACGAUGGGUUUCUGAAGGUGUACGAGUCAUCCUCUUUAAAGACUACCUCUACUUUGGCCAUGCUCAACUUCGGUCAGAGCGCCAUCUUCAGUGUCGGACUCACUGCUAUUAUGGUGCUGGCAAGCAAAGGCAUAAUGUCAGGGACCAUGACUGUGGGGGAUCUAGUGAUGGUGAACGGGCUGCUCUUCCAGCUCUCUUUGCCGCUCAACUUCCUGGGCACUGUGUACAGAGAGACCAGACAGGCUCUCAUAGACAUGAACACACUCUUCACACUGCUCAGCGUGGACACUAAGAUAAAGGAGAAAGAAAUGGCCCCACCGCUGAUCGUUACACCUCAGGAAGCCACCAUCAGAUUUGAGGAUGUGUAUUUUGAGUAUUUGGAAGGACAAAAGGUGCUUAACGGGGUUUCUUUUGAAGUACCUGCAGGGAAAAAGGUGGCCAUUGUUGGUGGCAGUGGAUCUGGGAAGAGCACAAUUGUCAGAUUGCUGUUUCGAUUCUAUGAGCCACAGCAGGGCAACAUCUAUAUCGCAGGUCAGAACAUUCGUGAAGUUGGUUUGGAGAGCUUGAGGAAAGCUGUGGGGGUUGUACCGCAGGAUGCUGUGCUUUUCCACAAUACCAUAUUUUACAAUCUGAUGUAUGGCAACAUCAAUGCCACAGCAGAGGACGUUUACCGUGUGGCCAGACUUGCUGGAAUCCAUGAGGCCAUUCUCAAAAUGCCUCAUAGAUAUGACACACAGGUCGGAGAACGAGGCUUAAAGCUCUCAGGCGGAGAAAAGCAACGCGUGGCCAUUGCACGGGCAAUUCUUAAGAACCCUCCCAUUUUGCUUUAUGAUGAGGCCACAUCUUCACUAGACUCAGUCACUGAAGAGAAUAUCCUGACUUCCAUGAAGGAAAUGGUGAAGGACAGAACAUCUGUCUUUAUUGCACACCGGCUGUCCACCAUUGUGGAUGCAGAUGAGAUUAUUGUACUAAAUCAGGGGAAGGUGGCAGAGCGUGGAAAUCAUCAAACUCUUCUGGACACACCAGGCAGCCUGUAUGCCAACCUGUGGAAUACACAAAACAGCCGAAUUCUGAGCAGGGGAAGCAAGCCCGAGCCUGUGCCCGAGCGCGUGUCGCAGAAAGAAGAGGAGCGCAAGAAGCUGCAGGAGGAGAUCAUGAACAGUGUGAAGGGCUGCGGGAACUGCUCAUGCUGAGUCCUGUUCAGACCUGCUUCAGGAACCACCUGCCAGCCUUUCAAACCAUCCCGAAGAUGUCCACCACUAGUGAGUGGACUGCUAGAAUAUUAUUGAGGGGGUUCUUUCCUCUUCUGGGACUUCUCCAUAUACUCAUAGGCCAAUGUGAUGCCUUUAUCUUCAUGUUAUCAUGGUGAUUUAAACUUGUUUUAAAAAGAUGCGUCCACUUCAUCUGGAACUCUUGUUAGCUGUUUUUAUUAUGGGUUUGUAUAUAUUACUAAUGCAAUAUUUUUGAUUGAAAGUGCAAAGAAGCACAUUGUAUAGAGUGCACAUAUCAUCAGAUAGAGAUUUUGUCUUUUGAAGCUUGUUAGGUGUGGACCAUUUGGAAUUGUGAACACUGGCACCUUGACGUCUCCAAGUUAACCAACAUUAAUUUAUACCAAAUCUAAGUGUGAUUGUACAUUUAACAAGUUGUAUUAAAUAAAUGACUACAUUGA